CACACCGUCACAUGCCUGGCGAAUCGAACCUAUUUUGUGUGACAGUCACACCAAUUUUGAGGCCGUCGAACCUAAAUUGUGACAAGUGGUAAAAACACAAAAAAAAACACCCAGUGCAUCCAAAAAUCUUUGUACUGCCAGUGAGUGUUCACAAAAUGUCUGCACUUGCCAUGACCCCCCUCAGCCUCGGAAGGUCGAACCUAGUGGUCAUUGUCGAUUCCCGAGACCGUUUUGAUGUGCAGCCUCCUGCGCAACGACUCGAAGACAUUCAUCAAACACCACCAGUAUCCAGUUCUGAACCUCGGUUCGAACCCGAACUUUUCCGAACCGGACUCAAGGUCCGGUCACAGGUCCGGCAUGGCCCCUGGACCGAACCUCCAGACAGGUUCGGGGUUCGGGGUUACCCAGAACCGGUUCGAACGCGUCCGAACCUCUUCGAACUCAUUUUUUGUCGUCCUGCCACGUCAACAAUUGCCUGCGCUCAAAAACGAAUAAUGGUCCUACCUGUCAUAUCCGAGAUUGCAGCAACCACUUUGCGACAGGAAAUUGACUCAGUUAAUCAUCAAUUCAUUCCACCCGACAUUCUUGCUACUGUUUGGCCUCCACAAGAAACACAGACCAAUACUGUUGCCCCUCACAAUCCACGCCUUGCUGGUCUACUCAAUUUUCCUGCUACACUACCUCUACCUUCCACCAGCUCUCCCUUAGUGCAGUCCACGAUUCAAGGGUGUUCACAUAUGGAUCUCCCUGAGAAUUCUCAACCCACAUCAAUGCCACUCCGGACUGUUCAUGCGCUUCAUGCUCCACCACCUAUUGUUGAACAUACGGCUUCGCCAUUUCACCUCGUCCUCGGUCGCUCAAACUGUCAGCGCCUGUUCCAACACGUCACCUGCAUUGGGAUGUCUUUUCGUACUAACGUCUCCCACCUCCCGCUCUCAGAGAAUUCAUUCCCACCUCCUGGUCUUAAUUUUGUUGUUCAGCACUACAAUUGCUUGCUGCUGAAGAUGUUCGAGGCAUUUGAGCUCUGA